UGCUAGCUUCUUCGUUCAGAUAGUUCUCCUCAAACCUCUUCUUGACGUACAGCAACUAACCAUGAAAUCAAAGCUGUUUUUGGCUGCAGCAACCAUGGUAGCACUCCUCUCAGCCUUCAUAGCCGUUAACCAAAUCAAAUCUGCCUCUCCAGCAUCCGGCCAUGAAGACAACAAGUUCGGGCAAUUUGAAGCUGUCCCACUUGAGGAUGCAAUCGGACCGGAGAGCUUCGCUUUUGACCCACAUGGUGGAGGCCCCUAUACCGGCGUAUCAGACGGCCGGAUCAUCAGGUGGCAGCAAGACCAACGGCGUUGGAUCAACUUUGCCACCGCUUCUCCACAGAGAGAUGGUUGUGAAGGGCCACAAGAUCAUGAUCAAACGGAGCACAUUUGUGGGCGGCCAUUAGGGUUGCGCUUCAAGACAUCGACAGGUGAUCUUUACGUUGCUGAUGCUUAUAUGGGCCUACUCGUUGUGGGCGCCGGCGGUGGCAUGGCUACCAAGCUCGCAACGCAGGCACAAGGCAUUCCUUUUGGGUUCACCAACAGCUUGGACAUUGACCAACGCAACGGUGCCGUCUAUUUUACUGACAGCAGCUCACAAUACCCUAGAAGGAGUCAUAUCUCAGUGAUACUAAGUGGGGACAAAACAGGAAGGCUAAUGAAAUAUGACCCAGAAACCAAACAAGUGACUGUUCUUCUCAACGAUCUCUCUUUCCCAAAUGGUGUGCUGUUGAGUGAAAAUAGCGACUACAUUCUAGUUGCAGAGACCAGCAGAUGCCGAGUCAUCAGGUACUGGCUAGAAACAUCAAAAGCCGGAACUCAUGAAGUGUUUGCUCAACUCCCAGGGUUUCCCGACAACCUGAGUUGGAGUCCUAGGGGAGGAUUUUGGGUGGCAAUUCAUUCGAGAAGAGGAAGGAUAUUGGAAUGGGUUCUUUCGUAUCCCUGGAUAGGAAAUUCUUUGCUGAAGCUUCCUUUAGACAUCAUGAAAGCUUAUUCCUACUUGGCUAAGUGGAGGGGAAGUGGGUUGGCAAUGAGGAUAAGUGAGCAAGGUGAAAUGUUGGAAAUAUUCGAAAAUGAAAGUGGAAUUAGGUGGAGGUCUAUGGCUGAAGUGCAGGAGAAAGAUGGAACUCUAUGGAUCGGGUCAAUAAGUAUGCCUUUUGCGGGCAAGUAUAAGAUAGAAACCUCUUUUUAAUUAAUGGUCUAAUAUUGUGUCUAUCAAAGCUGCAUGCAGCAGAAACUUUCUGCAUGGAAAUGGCGGUAAUGAAAAAAAAAAAAAAAAA